AUGCACUACAACCACCUCACCACGCUCCCGCCCGAGAUCGGCGACUUUGCGCACCUCGAGAAGCUCUUCCUCUCCCACAACGCGCUCAUGUCGCUGGAGAUGGUGCAAGGCUCAACACUUACCAACGAGCUCAUGAAGCUGCUGGACCCACGAUCGAGGACAAGACAAGACGAACAAGGCAUGCUCGACCCCAACACCUCAAGUGACUCACAGGAGGAGGAGAAGAAGAAGAAGGUGGUCACUGUGUUCGGCCUGGCGGUGCCGGUCGAUGAAGGCGACAUGAUCACAUCGACAGCAGAGACCAGUCAUGGCGACCCCAACCAAGAGGUGAAGAAGAAGGAAGCGGUGGUCUACCACUGGAUUUCGGACGAUGAAGAUGGGGAAACGACUGCUGACGACGAAGAAGAAAGCGACGUCGAGAAGGCGAAAUGGCGGAGAUGGGAGGUCAAGUGCGCACGGCUCGAGCGGUGGAUCCAGCGAACGGGCCGCCGUCCUACCACGAUGAGGGGCAAGGCGCUCUAUGAGUGGAUGCGCUACUGGCGUCGGGAGCCCAGCUGGCGCAACCUCAGCCCGGCCCGCGCCGCCAAGCUACGCGCCCUGGGCCUGACGCCCUAUAACUCGCGUGGGACGGCGACCAAGGGCAACGACUGA